AUGAAUGAGUUUCGAAGCUGGAUUUCUGACAAUGGUUUGGUUGAAGCUGAUGCUAUUGGAAAAAAGUAUACUUGGACCAAUUGCGGGAGUGGUUUGCAAAGAAUUGUCUCUAAGCAUGAUAGAGCGAUUGUUAAUGAAGCUUGGUAUGAUAAAUAUGCAAAUCGUAGGUGUAAGGCUUUGCCUAGGAUUUGUUCGGAUCAUUCUCCUCUUUUUGGGUUUGCUUUUGAAAAUCCAAGGCCUAGCCGAGUGCCAUUUAGAAUUCAAAAGAUGUGGCUUUCACAUCCUAUUUUUAUGCAAUUGGUGGAAGAAAAUUGGAAGAUGCCUCUUGAGGGUGCGCCUCCUUUUGUGUUUACUUCUAAAUUGAAAAGAUUAAAGGAGGCCUUGAAGAUUUGGAAUAGAACGGUGUUUGGUGAUGUUCAAUUUCGUUUAAGACAAGUUGAACUAAGAUUUGAAGUUGAGAGUUAUCUGCUAGAUUAUGAUCAUAGGAAUGAAUUACAAUUUGUGAAGGUUGCGGAUGCUAAAAAGGUUGUUGAUGAUGUGCGUACGGAGUUGGCAGUUAUGCUUAAAAUGAAAUCCAGAGUUACUUGGUUGGAGGAUGGUGACCAAAACACUCGAUUUUUCCAUAAUAGCAUUCGCAUGAGGAGGAGCCAAAAUACAAUCUCUGAACUGAAAGUUUCUUCUAACUCUACUUUGUUUUUGCAGGAUGAGAUUAAUGAUUACAUUGUUAAUCAUUAUCAAGCAAAAUUCAACGGUGGUGAAGUUGACAUUGAUUCAAAGCUUUUCGAUACUGAGCAUGAAAGCAUUUCAUCUGCUGAAAGUGCUUUUAUGGAUGCUAUUCCUUCUUUGGAUGAAGUUAAGGCUGCAGUUUUCGACUUAGGCGCGGAUUCGGCACCUGGCCCUGACGGUUUUACAAGUUCUUUCUAUAGACAUUGCUGGAAUAUUAUUUCUAGAGAUCUUUUUAAUGACAUUGCAAACUGUUGGGCGAUGCGAAAAAUUCCCAAUGGCAUUUACUCUAGUUUUAUUAUUAUGGCUACCAGACUUGGUACUGUGCUUAACAAGUUGAUUUUUGAGGAGAAAGUGGCGUUUAUGAAGGGUCGGAAUAUUCAUGAAAAUAUAGCUUUGGCGUCGGAAUUGAUCAAUGAGUUCAGCACGGAAAUGAAGCAUGAAAAUGUUGAACUCAAACUGGAUAUUUCCCAAGCCUUUGAUACUGUCAGUUGGGAUUUCAUAGUUGAAGUUUUUCGUCAAUAUGGCUUUUCCGAGACCUGGUCUCGUAGUAUGCACACUAUGGUCAGUAAGAAAGGUGUGGCGCCUACACAUUUUGUCUUUGCGGAUGAUAUUCUUAUUUUCUGUAGAGGCAAUCUUCAUAGCCUGCAGAAUUUGAAGGAUAUGCUCGGGAUGUAUCAACGAGCUUCUGGCCAGUGCGUGAGUUAUGCCAAAAGCAAGUUUUACUAUGGUGGUGAUAGAGGUUCUCGCGCGAUUGCUAUUUCAAAUUAUUUAGGCAUGGAAAGAUCUUUAUUCCCUGAUAAAUAUUUGGGAAUUCAAUUGAAGCCUGGCAUUGUUCGACAUAUUCAUGUUCGUCAAGUAGUAGAGAAGAUUAUGGACAAGUUGUCUGGUUGGAAGGGAAUCAGAUUGGUUUACAAUUUUGUUCAGAGACAUACCCGCUCAAUUAUUGGUAAUGGUGCUAAUACUUCCCUAUUUUUUGAUAAUUGGUGUGGUGAUUUUUCGAUUUUGGAGAGGCUUGGAAUCACUUCCAAAGGCCCUAAUGAUUUUAAGGCCAAGGUUAGUGAUAUUAUUGUUGAGGGUGCUUGGGUCAUUCCUCAAAGAACAAGAAAUUUGAUGUUGCGUUGCAACAUUGAUGUUGAUAAUUUACCUCUUAUUGCUGGUGGUGAAGACUACAAGAUUUGGGAUUUGGAUAGCAAGGGCGUUUUUUCAGUUAAGUCUGCAAAGGCUGCUAUUAAGGCGCCAACUGAAGUUCUGCCUAUUGGGACUUUGUUCACUAGGAAAGUUGUGCAUCCUACUUUGAGUGUACAAUAUUGGAAGCUGCGGAAUAAGGUUUAUUUGGAAGAUAUUGCGGUUCAUUGGCUCGGCUUUAAAGGGAGAGUUUAUCAGAUAAUUCGUGAUAACUCAAUUCGGAUGAAGGGUCAUGUGUAUAACAAUUUGGAUGACUUGCGCAUUUUGAACUAUUUCAAGGUGCGACAUAGAGCUUGUAAAAUAUCCACUCUAGUUGAGGUUAGUUGGUCUUCUCUUAACCCAGGUGAAAUUAUGAUUUGUUGUGAUGGUGCAUCACUUGGAAAUCCAGGACAAGCUGGUUCUGGUGUUACUUUCCGUGAUUCCAACUCGGCUGUGCUUGGCGUCCUUAGUGUCGGUCUUGGCUGGCAGAAAACUUUUAUGCGGAAGUAUGUGCUGUUAUUUAUGGUGCGAUGCUAG